UUCAGGUUCACCUUGACUCCUGGUGGCGUAGUGAGCAGGUACCCGCUCUCGCACCUGUUUCUCUUGCACCUGCCACACAGCUGCUCCUACCCAGCUCACCUGGCCUGAGCUUUGCCUGGCACAGCACCCUGGCGGCACCCCCAGCUCCCCCGGCCUCCCUCCCGGGCAGCACCUACACUCAGCUCCUUCUCUAGGGAAGGUCUCAGCCUCCAGCCCGCAGUAGACUGGAUUGCAGAAAGCCCCACCCUCAGCUCAGGGAGCGCCAUGACUGAAGUUGGUUGGUGGAAGCUGACCUUCCUCCGGAAAAAGAAAUCCACCCCCAAGGUGCUAUAUGAGAUCCCGGACACCUAUGCUCAAACAGAGGGCAGCUCGGAGCCCCCGAGGCCUGAGGGCGGGGUCCCCAACAGUGACUUUGACACCCGCCUGGAGAAGAUUGUGGACAAGAGCACAAAGGGCAAGCAUGUCAAGGUCUCCAAUUCAGGCCGUUUCAAGGAGAAGAAGAAAGUCCGAGCCUCGCUGGCAGAGAACCCCAACCUCUUUGACGACAAGGAGGGCAAAGGACAGUGACGGGAGCCAAGGAGGAUACUAGCACCUCCCGGCUCCCUGCCAUCAGAGGGAUCUGGGACAGGAGCUUGUCACGCUGGCCUUUUUGAUCACAGCUGAAGCCAUGGGGGCAGUUGAUGCCUGCUGGCAGGAAAUAUCUGUUUUUAGGUUUAUAUUUAUGUGCCCCGGGUUUCUGGAAGGCCUGGGAGAUCCCAGGGUCCUCCCACCUGCCCCCACCACAUACAAAGGCAUGCCAGUUCAAGAAUGAAAAUUCUCACCCAGGAAGGACAGCCCUUCUUGAAGAGGUGUCAGGGCCAGCAGGGAGGUGGGCAUGACAAGGGAUGGAGACAGGAGGCCGGGCAGAUUUCACCUCCUCCCAGGGCACAGGGUCAAGGGUAAGUUUGAAUUGCUGUUCCCUCUACUUUCUCUACCCAUGACUGUUCCCUGGACAAGUUCUUAGAGCUCAUUUUCCAUAAGCCAUGUGAUGGGAGGUGGUUUCCUGGAGCCGGAGGUGGACUGAACUUGAGCUCACCUCCUAACACAAAUGGGAAACUUCCUGGAACUUUGCCCUCAGGUGUGCAGGGGGAGGGGGAGGAGAACGCCGGCACUCCCUGGGAAUGCUGCAGAAGGCCACGUUAGGGACCCCAUGGGUCCAAAUUAGGGGCGGGGGUGGGGAAGCUGUAGUAGGAGCUAAGAGUAGCCCGUUCUCUUCUCUCCUUCCCUACUUGUAUUUAAGAUGGAUCAGCCCCAGAGAUGAAUCCUGGGGCCUUGAAUUUUGUUUAAAAAAAAAAAAUUGUAGGUUUCUGUCUUUGUAAUAAACAAUGCCGCAAAAGCAGAGAACCUA